GGUACUAUUCCCCGAAAUCCCACCUGACUAAUCAUCGGCAGCGCCACAAGGUCCGCAACUCAUCGUCAGUUCGGCCCAGGGCUGCUGUAACGGGCCUUUGUAACUACAGCAAGGCCCUCUCGAAAAAAAAAACGGUAACUACAGUAAGGCUGGUUCUUCCUCUUCCCUUGGUCAAACAGAACCACCGUCAACCCGCUUCCCUUUCGCCCCUCGAGCUGGUGGCGGUUGCAUCCAUUCACUCAGUAACGACGGCGGCGACCGGCUACGGCGGACUACGCCGUGCCUCUCCUCCACCCUCCCGUUAAGUAUCAGGUAAUAAAUGAAGGUCAAGGUUCUUCAGUGGCAUGCAGUGGCUUCAUGGACAUGGGACGCGCAAGAUGAGACAUGUGGCAUUUGCAGGAUGGCGUUUGAUGGCUGCUGCCCUGAUUGUAAGUUCCCUGGUGAUGAUUGCCCGCUCAUUUGGGGUGCCUGCAACCAUGCAUUCCAUCUUCACUGCAUACUCAAGUGGGUCAAUUCUCAAACAUCAACCCCCCUUUGCCCCAUGUGCCGUAGGGAGUGGCAGUUCAAGGGCUAAAGGGCGUCUCAUGAUAUGUCAGCACCAAGUAUUUCCACAACUCCUUAUAGAAUUAUCUAGAGUGGACGUUUUACUGGGAUGUAGACAUGUAGUUAUUUGUCCUGAAAGUAUAAUACUUUCUGGAAACCAGUAUGUUCUGUAUCUGCCAAGUGUAACUGCGAGCUUAUGAGCCGUAGCUAACUAGCUAUGGUGUCCUUCCGAGUUUGUGAUCAAGCAAAUUAAAUGGUACAUUUGAAAGGUCUAAGCUGCCUGGGAUUGUAACAAAUUUUUUCUUGUCCUUGCUGUUUACCUUAAGAUGUUUUUCCCCAUGCCA